AAAUAGUGGGGUGGUAAUGUCACUUGUAGGUCUCUGGUACUGGACUGAAUUAUAAAGGGUUGUAUACUUGGUAUAAAUGGUGACAAUGGUGUGGACAGUGACCCGCAGUUACCUGGUGUUAUCUGUGUAUGGAUUCACUUGGAUCACAGGCCUUCCUACCAACAUCCUGGCUUUCUACACCUUUUGCCAGAAGAUUCGCCAGAGGUGCACCCCCAUAAAUGUCCUGCUACUCAGCUUAAAUAUUUCUGACCUGAUCUUCCUCUUUGUCCUCCCAUUCCAUAUGGUAGAGGCGGCCAAUAUGAAAUGGACACUACCAUACUUCCUCUGCCCACUAUCUGGUUUCAUCUUCUACACCACGAUCCACAACAGCACCCUCCACCUGAUGGCCAUCAGCGUGGACCGUUACCUGGGCGCAGCCUUUCCCAUAAGAUACAAGCUAAAUCGUAAUCCCCGAAUGGCAGUUAUAGCCAGUGUUGGAUUCUGGGUGGUAUCCAUGGCGCACUGCAGUAUCAUCUAUUUCAUGCAAUAUCACCAACAUUUAAACCCCAACAUCACAGAUCCGUCCAAGCGGAACACUUGUUAUGUGGAAUUCAGCUCCGAACAGCUCAAAAUCCUCCUGCCGUUCCGUCUGGAGCUCUUCAUUGUGCUCUUCUGCAUGCCUUUCCUCAUCUGCUGCUUCUGCUACAUUAAGUGCAUCCACAUUCUCUUCAAUCUACCCAGUGUCAGCUCUAAGAAACGGAUCAGGGCCAUUGGGGUGGCAUUGGCCACUCUUCUGGUCUUCAUUAUCUGUUUCAUGCCCUUCAGCAUAUCACAUGUGGUGGGAUAUGUAGGCAACUACAGCCCUGAGUGGCGAAUGCAUGCUCUACUUAUCAGCACACUUAACGCCUCUCUCGACCCAUUCAUAUUCUACUUCUCUUCCUCAGCACUCAGAGAGAUUUUAAGGAAUGUCUUGCAGAAGCUGGUCAGGCGGCUACACCUACACUGCUCUAGCUUGGCUCUCUACUGCCCCAUAUUGAACCGUGGGAAAACAGAGGAGAGAACACAGAGCUCUAACAACAGCUUCUGCUAACAUAUCAAGCCAAUGUUGCAUUAAUUGACCUGCUGAGUGCCAUUUUCGCAUUUCUUUCUGUUUUUUUUUCUCAGUCAAGCAUUGUUAAUGCCAGUCAAGCUAGUCCAAAUACAGUUAAUGUCAUUCUGAUAUGCCACUGACCAAUGCUAAAUGGUUAGUGAUUGGACAGCUGAGGAGCAGCUAAAAAUGGUUCCAAAGGAAAAUCAAGCAGACACAAAUUGAUUGCAAUAUGUUUUCACCUAAAGGCUGGAUUACACAUCCUGACUUUAAGACCAAUUUUUGCCUAGAUUUUUACUCUGGCCAAGUCAGUGUUCAUCAGUGGAAGUCAUCUCUAGACUGCAGAUUUUGGGCCAGCUGGAGUUGACAGAUUUCACAGAAAAUCUCGUAUUAUGUGAUGGGUAGACUCUGAUUUCUUACCCUCAGACAAUAGCUGCUUUUCCACCAUUGGGCCGAACGGCUCUUGUUACGUAACCAUGCAGUUAUGUACCAAUCUUGGCUUGUUGACGAGGUUAAAGUUUCUUUUAUCACUAUGUUACAGUGAAAUCAGGAUUAGAAAGGACUGACUCCGCAAGUGACCAAUUGUGAGUCGCUAUGUCACUUAAGGCGUUCCAUAAGCAAAGUUUUCUGGUAAGAAAUCUGGGUUUGUAAUUGUACUGCACUGUACUUAAAUGGAAAUGGGACUGUUAUUCAGCGUGCUCAGAACCGCUCGGACUGAUGGUGGAAAAGCACUAUAUGAUUCCAUUUAGUAGAGGAAAUCUCGUAGUGUACUGUAUAAAGCUCCAUGACUCAAAGCUGAAAUCAUAUAGUGAGCAGCCAAUGGAAAUCGAGCGCAUUUGGCCAUGAAGCUCAAGAAAUAGAAUUAGUGAACAAGCACUAACUAGCCAAUUUCUAACACCAUCUAGAGGCCAUAGUGGCUACCUUUUUCCACCCAAGACAUGACUGUCAGUUAGUGUAUUAUCCUCGCUGUUUUGGUAUGUGAUGCCCAGUGUCCAUUUGUAGCCAUUUACAAAGUCUGAAAGUGUGUGAUAACUAGUAUUUUUUUUAGAAUCGGCUCAGACUGUAAAAGUUGUGUAGUGCAAUCCAGCCUUAAUUCUUUGCAAAGAUGUCAGAAAACCUCCACUUUCACUCACAAUUUAUUAAUCUGUCAAGUGCAACUAAAUUAGAUACUGGAAAACAGACCAUUGUUUAAGACCACAAACCACGAUCAAGAUCCAGAUCGAGAGACCAAAUGAUAAGACCCAGAUCAAGGCCAUGCUUAUGUGACCUCGAAAGGUCUCAAGACAAAGACAACACAAUCAAGCAAGCACAUAUUUUGCGCAAAGCAAUUCCACCUAACACUUUGCAAAGGUGUCAGAAAACCUUCACCUGCAGCAGCACACAUUUUUCUCACAGUUAAUUGAAGAGUGCAAUAAGACCAGUUUAGAGGUAGACCAGUUUAAGUUCUUUAACUGUAUCUCUCAUUUAUGCUACAACAUUUUCUAACAGCAUUACUACAAAUACAGUUAAUAAAACAAAGAUAUUUUGGCACAACCUUGUGUAACAUUUCUUUGUUACUUUUACUUCUUAUUCAAUAAAGGAAACUCAUUCUAAUCUCUGAAUGUGCAUCCGUUCUUUGUUUCACCAUACUAAGCCAGUUACAUAUUGCACAUGAGUUUCUAGAUCAAACAAGAUCAAACAUCUCCUCAGAAGACCAAACAAAAUGUCAAUCUGUUACUGUGUGCAAAGUUAUGGCAUCAGGAUCCUCAACAAGUUUGAUUUUUAAUCAUUUCAUUCUGUUUAUUUUAUCUGCUCCCUAUCAUGUCUGAUAAUUAAUCUGAUAUAUCAGCUGCUUAUUUAGGUUAUUUAUUUAUCAAUAUGUUGUUUAAUAUUGCUUUGGUUAUGUCACUGUUCACAGCAAUGUGUCUAUGUCUAGUGCAGAUGGGGGCACGUUUGAGGUACAUGUAAGUGCGGUUAAACCAGGGGGCCCAAGAGAAUCAGAUUUUCUCCAUGCCAGAGAAGCAGGCCCAGAUAUGAGAGUAGAGAGCCAUCUCGAGAUGAACCAAACCUCUGCUCACACAAAGCCUGAGUAGAACAUGAUAAGCAUGAAAAGCAACUAUGCAUAUGUGAUGAGGAGGAGGGCGGGGCUGAGACGUGACAAAGCACGCCCGGCACCCAAUCAGGCUAAUCAGCUGAGGAGAGGCAUAAAGGCAGCUGGAUGCGGCAGUUCGGGAGAGAGAGAGCGAGCCACACACAGCUGCCAUGUGUGCGUUUGUGUUUUGUGUCUUUAUGUUUUAAUGUUACAUUAUAUAUUACUUUUACUAUUCAGCUGGUUCCCGUUUCCUCCUCCUCACAACAUUAUAACUACAUAUACAUGCGCAGUUAAUCCAGAUACAAGAAAAAAAUAUUGAGGUAAAACAUACUUUUCUCAGUUGUUUCAAAGUCUUCACUGAAUUAUUGUUAGAUAUGAUGCAUUAAUAUAGAUUUGAUGCUGCCGGGUUCUGACCUAGACACAGAUCUGUUAUUAAAACAAAUAACUGAAAUAAAAUGAUUCAAUAAUUAUUAAGUUUAAAAUAAAAUAAUUUGGCCCGCAUAAAAUGGCAUUUAGUACAAACACGCCCAUGCCUAUUAAUUGACAUUAGUCAGCCAGAUGUAUUUUUGAAAUAGUUUAAAUACUUUUGGGGAUAUAUUAAAUAUUAAGAAUACAUUUAUUGAAAAGACAUUGUUUUAUAUAGGUUUCUGCAUACUUUGCUUGUUAUGAUUUCUAUGCUAAUAAUUUUUUAAUAGCUUAUCAUCACUUAUUUUGGUUGUGUUUUUCCAGACCAGGUCCCUUUUUUUCUUGAGAGAUCUGGUAACACUGCAACUGGUACAUCACCUACCCUUAGCACAGAGUACUGUCAUUUUAAAAAGAAAAUGUUUAAUUUCAUUCUAACCGGUUACCAACUGGAAAAGAGGCUGCGGAACGCUGGAACCGGAACAAAAUACAGUUUCUGCUCAGAACGAACUGAAAUGAAAAACAUUUCAUUUUUAGUCCCUGUUUCAAAGCAACCAGACAUACGAUUUUCACCUGGCGGACACUUUGCCAAUGUGGCAUUCAACAGCAACUGUAGCUGGACACGUUCCUGUGAAAUAAUUGUCAAGUUUCUA